UUCCCACUCUUCUGGUUGAGCUAUUUAAGCAGCCUCUCUGUGCCUGCCUCUGCUCUGGGCAUGGGGACUGGAGGGAGCUGCACACACAGCUGUAGAAUGGGGGUACGUGGAGCCUAGGGUACAGGAUGGAGAAGAUCUGAGCUGCCCCUCCUAGCUCCCAAAAGGGCAGGUGAGACCCCACCUCUAGACAGAGACUUUUGAGUGCUAGGUGGGUGACAGAAGCACAAGAGUUUAGCAUCUAGGAGAGUGACAGCCACUAAAUAGGUCAUUUCAAUAUUGAAGAUUUAAUUAAUGGAGCUAAGUGAUCUGAGAGAAAAGGUUAGGGAGGAACAAGGUGGUGAUUCUUAUGGGUCAGGGAAGGCUUCCCAGAGGAGGUGGUGCCUGUGCUGAGAUCAGACGGAAUGAGAAGGGUAACUGUAAAGACUGGUUUCAACCUAAGAGCAGCAUGCAGCUGAUACAGGGUUUAACCAGGGAAAGGGUGUGACCAGAUCUCCAAUCUAGAAAAGAGCCCCCUCUCUGCAGGGCAGAGUGUAGCCUGGGGGUGGGGGGUGAGGGGCAGGAAGUGUGGGGAAACCAGAGAGGCCAGUGCAGUGUCCAGGGGAGAGGAUGCUAGCUGAAACAAGCAGUAAGUAGGAGAAAGAAGUGGAUAAUGGGUCGUUUGGGAUGUGAAAUAAGGCUUAGCCAUGGGUAGAGCCCAGCAUGCCUACGAGCCACCAGAUGGACACCUACGGUGCCCCUCUUGAGAGAGGGAAGACAGCAUCCGAGACAUGGAAGACGGAAGGAUCAGCAUCACCUUGGCCGAGGACUGAGCCUCCGUGUUUGAGGUUUUAGGAAGAAGGCAAAGGUAGCAAAAGAGAGGCAGGAGUUGGGAGAAUGACAAAUGGCAGCCAUGACUGAUGCUGUUGGAAGGCCACUAACAAUAACAGAGACCUGGUCAAUGUGACAGCCUCAGGACAUUGGGACCUGAGGUUAGAGUUGGGGUCAGGGUGGGCAGAGCUCGGGGCUCAGGCUGGACAGUGGCCAGAGAGGAGGGAUCUGUCCCUCUGUUCAGACAGAGGGCCCAGGAGCAGCAUGGAGAGCCAGGCAAGGGGCAUCUCCCCCUUCCCAAGCUGCCUAGGACCAGAGCUGAAGGUGAAAGUGAAAGAGAAGAUGCAGAAAAAAGGGGCUGGCAUGCUCUGAGGGAAGGUAAAAGCGAAAGGAGGAAGCUCAGUAGUGCAGCCCGAGAGAGGUCAAGGCUUCGGCCUUCCUCCGUGUUGAUCCCACUCCUCUGACCCCCUGCCCACCCGGAGAUGCAGAAGACAGCGCCAGAACCCCAAAAGGGCUUCUCCUUCGAAAACUGCGAGAGAAACGCAGCCUUAGAACGCUCCCUCCCGGGGCUCCGUGUCCCUCAUGCACGCAAGACCGGAACCACCAUCGCAGGCCUUGUGUUCCGAGACGGGGUCAUCCUGGGCGCGGAUACGCGGGCCACUAACGAUUCGAUCGUGGCGUACCAGAGCUGCGAGAAGAUCCACUUCAUCGCCCCUAAAAUCUACUGCUGUGGGGCUGGAGUUGCCGCGGACGCAGAGAUGACCACGCGGAUGGCGGCGUCUAACAUGGAGCUACACGCGCUGUCCACAGGCCGCGAGCCCCGCGUGGCCACGGUCACCCGCGCUUUGCGCCAGACGCUCUUCCGGUACCGGGGCUACGUGGGCGCCUCGCUGAUUGUGGGCGGCGUAGACUUCACCGGACAGCAGCUCUACUGCGUGCACCCCCACGGCUCCUACAGCCGUCUGCCCUUCACGGCCCAGGGCUCCGGCCAGGAUGCGGCCCUGGCAGUGCUGGAGGACCGGUUCCAGCCGAACAUGACGCUGGAGGCAGCGCAGGAGCUGCUGGUGGAAGCCAUCACUGCAGGGAUCCUGGGUGACUUGGGCUCUGGGGGCAGUGUGGAUGCAUGUGUGAUCACUGGGACCAGCGCCAAGCUGCUGCGAACACUGAGCUCUCCCACAGAGCCUAUAGAGAGGUCCAGCCAGUACCGCUUUGCCCCUGGGACCACAGCUGUCCUGUCGGAGACAGUGAUGCCGCUGACCCUGGAGCUGCUGGAGGAAACUGUGCAGGCCAUGGAUGUGGAGUGAAGUAGGCUGAGGCUUAGAGCUUGGAACAAGGAGGAAUAAACCCAGAAAACACAAAUACCUAGACAGAUGGCUGUGUCCUUCCUGGGUGGAGGGGGACAAGCAGCCAGCAGGGCUCUGUACCUAAGGUAUCCCUGCAGGGGCCACUUCCUCCCAUGGCUUCAGUGCCUAGCCUAAGGGGUGCACUUCACCCAUCACCUUAGGCAUCUACCCCUCCAGAACCCCAGCCCUGGGAAGUAUCACAGGCUCAAAGUGGAAAGCCCCCCUCCUGACUCUCCACACUACAGAGGCUCCCCCUACCACUCCCAUGCCUUGCUCUUGCCCUCUAGUCCACUGAGGGCUGUUGUACAACCCAAAAGGCCCUAUGUAUUGCCCCCACAUAGAGCCUUUACCUGGCUCAUCAGUGGCCAAGGACACAGCCCACAGCUCUCAGUCAGACCGCCCCCAUCCCCACUGAUGGCUAAAAUGCUGGUGGAGGAGCUGCUCCCUGAUUCCAAGGGCAAGUUCUCACUCCUCACCCCUACAAUGCCUUUACCUGUGAAACCCCUCUGAUGACCAGGCAUACCUGAGGUGCUAACAUGAUGCUGAGCUUCUGUUUGCACAUGUUGGGCUGUCACUAAGGGGAUUGACUCCAAGUUUUCUGGGUGCCAGGGAUCACAGGGCUCAUGUGGGGAGAGAUAAUAUGACACAUUUAUCCAGCAGACUUUUGCUGAGCAUCCACUGAGUGUCAGCCCAGGUGCAGGUUGCUAGUGGGAGCAUCCUGCCUUGGGAGAGAAUGGCUGAGCUCCCCUGGAGCUUUGGAACUGUUAGAGUCUGCCCAACCCCUGGGGAGGGUCUACUCCAGGCUGGACAUCCCUGGGUCCCCGUUUAUGCUUUUUCCCUCAGUAUUCUAUUAUGAAAAUUUUAAAACAUAAAAUCUGGAAAAAAGUUGAACACCUAUAUACCCACUGCAGACUUUACAA